AUGAAGGGCAUCGUUCUCGUCACACUGCUUAGCGCCGCUUCGGCUGCUGUCUUGUCGCAUGACUCGAAGCAGAAGCGACACCCCGCAGUGUCGUCUGCGUCACCCCUUGUCGUACCCCGAGAAGGCGGCGAUGGCGACGGCGGCGGCGACGGCGGCGGUGACGGGGGUUCGAGCAGGGGCGGAAGCUCAAGCUACGCCGGCACAUUAACAGGCUCAGAGGGACCAGCCGAUAAUUUGAAAUGUAGUGCAGACAAACAGGAGUGUGAUCACCAUGACAAAUGUACCGAGGAGUGCGGAGCGGACUGGGUCUGCGGUGACGACGACAAAUGCAUGUGGGAUCCGAAUGUACAAACCUCUGGUGCUAGCCGAGGCCACAAUAUUCUUGGGUUCACUUGGAAGAGAGAUGAUUCCGAUGUUAAGGAAUAA